CUCUGUUUCUCUGUCUCAGGCGAAGAUGAUGAAGAAUAGGGAAGAGGGUGUAACGGCGGUGAGAAAUGCAGAGAUAGAUACAAGGGCGCCUUUCACGUCUGUCAAGGAAGCUGUCUCAUUGUUCGGUGACAAAGUUCUCGCUGGACACGUCUAUGCUAAUACAACCUACCUUAAACACCAGAGUGGAGAGAAGGAAAGUUAUUGGAAGAUCGGGGAGGUUGCGGCAGAGCUAAAGGAAACGCGAGAAAACUUGGAGAGAGCAAGAGAGGAAAGCAUGUUAAUGGCGCAUUGUCUUUCUUCUCUUCAGGAAGAGCUAGAACGCACCAAGCGAGAGCUGCAACAACUGAAGCAAAUGAGUGAAACAGAAAAGCAUGUUGAUGUUCAUCCACCAGCAGAUGAUGAGAUUGAAGAAGACGUCAAGUUUGUUGAGAACUUAACCACUUUUCAAGUUAAGAGUUCGAGAUUCGAGGAUGAGUUCCAGAAGAAGAGGUACGUCACCUUCGCCAAUCCACCCUCAGAGUCUCAUCAUCAUCAUCAUCAUUUGAUGCUGCAGCCUCCUCCUGAAAAGUUGGAAAGGCAUCCUUCUCUUAGGAGGAACACGAAGAAGAAGUCCUUCAUUCCACUCAUUGGUGCUAUCUUUUCAAGGAAAAACCCAACCCAACAUUAACAUCUUUUUCGCCUUUACAUAAAUAAUUACCAAACUAAUAGUUAAUUACAUUUUGUUUUAAUG